GCUUCCUAGGGGAGACUGUGGAGACGGUGCAGGUGGAUACUCAGUGGCAACAGUCACCCAGGAAGCCAGCUGUUCUGAUCUAAUGGGAAUUUAUUCAUUUUCAUCAAGACCCGGACCCACACUUUAGGAGAUCCUGAACAGCAACGACAUGAGCUUUAGGCCAUUUUCCAUCAUAAUGCGGUGGAAGCUGCGCUCCUGGCUUGGGCUGAUGACUGUUGUCUGCUUUGUGACUUUCACGUUCUGGAAAAUGUCAGAUGGCAAUUCAUUACCAUACACAAGGUCACCUUAUAAAGGGAACAGAACUAUGGGUUCUUCUGAAAUCUUUACUUUUCAAAAUCGAAGCAUAAGGCUGCUUCUGUACCAAAGUCAUCCCUCAUGUGUCUGCGAAGGAACUGAACUUGCCAGUCAGGUUCCAACAGACAGCUUUCAGGCAGUGGAGAAGCGCCGAGCCAAGGAGUACAAGCAACAUCAGAUAAGGAAAAAAACAACCACAGACAAGAUUAUUCUUGCUCUGCCCAACUCCCCUCUCCAGUAUCCUAUUCAUGGAUUCACAGUCGCUCCCAUGAAGAAAAGCGUGAUACCAGGUUUAGCUUUACAUGCAGGAAAGAGAGAGCAGUAUAAGGUGUCUCUGAGUGUGCAGAAAGGAGUGCUAUCAGUGAGCAAUAAUCUAGCAGAAGUGAAUGUAGAGGGUCAAGGCCAGAGCAAACUGACUUUCUCCUCCACAGACCUGAAAAAUCUCAACCAUCUGCUGAGCGGAGUGGAGUACACCAGCACUGUCUACCACAUCAACACACUCGACAUGGUCCUCUUUUCAUUUGAGGAAUAUGAUGCAAUAUUUCCAAUUACAAUCAGAAGGCCUGUAGUCCCUGUUCUUCACGACCCUGGAGAAGAUAUCAACUCCCUGGUCACCAUAGCAACUAAGACUUUCCUUAGGUACGGAGAGUUAAAGGUUCUUAUCGACAGCAUCCGCCAGUUUUAUCCAGACAUCAAGAUAGUCAUUGCUGACGACAGCUUGAAACCAGAACCGGUGUCAGGAAAGAACAUCGAACAGUACAUCAUGCCUCCUGCUCAGGGGUGGUUUGCUGGCAGAAACCUGGUCAUCUCACAGAUCACCAGCAAGUACUUUCUAUGGGUGGACGAUGACUUCAUCUUCCACAAUUACACACGCAUUGAGAGCUUUGUGGAGAUCAUGGAGGCUGUUCCGGAGCUGGAUGUGCUUGGCGGAGAUGUUGGUGGGAAUCAGUUCUACUUCAUGCUCACGUAUGAUGAGGGGGAUGAGGUCGAGGGCGGCUGUAUGAGGCGUUUUCACCAGAAGGUUCACGGCCCACUGCCCAGCUUCGAUGGCUGCUAUUUGGUAGAUGGAGUGGUCAACUUCUUCCUGGCCAGGACAGAUGCAGUGCGGAGGGUUGGGUUUGACCCUUUCCUGAGCAGAGUGGCUCACACAGAGUUCUUCAUAGAUGGACUUGGAUCUUUGAUGGUUGCAACGUGCAGAGGACUCUCAGUCGGCCAUCAGAGGAAGAAACUUCUGUCCAAGUAUACAAAAUACAGGUUCCAGAAUAAUGAAAAGGCAAAACUUGCCCAUCAUUACUUUAAGAACCAUCUCAAGUGCAUCAAAUACUGAAGUAGCUUUCAGAGGCAUUUUGGAGGUUCUCUCAACCCACUGUGGCCUAUUUUUAUGUUUUUUAUGAUAUUUUUUACCUUAAUUGGGUUCACAAUAGAAUUAUCUAAAGGAACUUUAUAAAACAUUCUAUAAACCUUUACUUUGACUCCUUGGACUGCUACACAACAUGACAUAACCAUGCCCUGUGUGUAUAUGUAAUGAAAGAUGUUAUAAGCUAUCGUGUGAUUAUUGCUGUAUUCCAUUUAAGUCAAUUGAAGUCAGAUGUCGGAGCUAUAUAAUAUAUAUUGAUGUAAUUGAACAAAGCAGUAUACAACAGAACUAAAUCGCAGAAUACAGAAUCAUUAGUGCAGCAUAUAAACUGCAAUCAUAAACAAUUUCAAAAAAAGACUUAAAGCGUCACAUUAAAUAGCAACAUUUAAGAAACAUAAUAAAAGAUCUUGGCAUUUUCUAGAUAAGCUUUGAGGUGGAAUGGUUUUCAGUUUACAGCUGUGCUGAACUUCUCAAGAGUUAAUAACUGGAAUUCUUGUCUCUUUGAGGGCAUCAGUUGUGAAGUUAUGAAGAGGUAGAGAUGGUAUACAGUGAAUAACCUUAUUUGAGUAAUGUUCUAAUCUAUACUAUGGGAAGAACUACUCAACUAAAUAAAGAAAUAAAGGUCAAUGAAGCAGAAAAAUGUCAACAACUUCAAAAGUAUCCUUAGGUGCAGUCACAAAGACUAUCAAAAACGUUAUGAUGAAACUGGCCCUCAUCGGGACCAUCCCAGGAAAAAAAGACCAUACGUUCUCUCUAUUGCACAGGAAGAGUUACCAGCCUCAGAAACCGCAACUUAACAGCACCCCAGAUAAGAGCCACCUAAAUACUUCAGAGUUUUUUUGGUUUAAC